GAGCACUGCUGAAAACAUUUCUGCAUUAAUGUUAUUCAUGUGCACGAAUUCUUUGUUUUUAGAUGCGCUGCAGAAAAAAAUAAUAAACAUCCACAUGUUACCACGCAUCGUAUUUUUUUAAUAGACGGUCGGUGAAAAGAAUAAUUUUCGGCAUUUUGUAGGUGUUGUAGAUGAGUGUGUACUCCAGCCGCGGCGUGUUUGUUGUCUCCCUGCAGGUGUGAAGAGGACAGCGCGCGAGCUGCUAGCGCUCAUAGCUCAUCUUCCUCGUUUACAUAACAAACGUCACGCGCAGGAGUCGCAUCGCACGCGCAGGUGGCUCAAAUUUAACCCCGGCCCUUUUGUGUAUGUGUGUGUAUGUGUGUGUGUGUGUGUGUGGCAUGUUUGGCUGAAGUAUGGUGGCGAGCAUGGCAAAUUUCGGCGACACAAAAGAAGUAGAGGACGGAAAUGGAGAAAUUCCCGCUUCAGAGCUGAAAGGCAGUCAGAUCGACAAUGAGUACAACGGCUCAGAAAGCGCAGAAUCAUCAUCAGAAGAGAGCGCAGAUGAAGAAGAGGAGGAAGAAGAGGAGGAGGAAAAUGAGGGAGAUCCAGAAAACGCGGAAUCAUGUGCUGAAGUAGUCACUGACGACUUGUGUUCAGAGACCAGGCCAGACACGAGGAAUGGAGACCACAUGAAGCCAUUCUGUGAGAAAUGUAGCAUUCUUCAGAAACCAGUCCACCAGCUUGUCACACCAAAAGAAAUCUGUGAAAAUCGAUGGCAGUUGAAUCUGGAGGAUGAGGGAGUGUAUGAGUGCUCAGAGACAGGGCUGGUGUUUGAGGUGUCUCAAAGGGUCAGGAUCCGCUACCGUGUCCUUUCCUGGAGCAAGUUUGGUGCUUUCCUGAAUGACUCGUGGAAAUUUGCCGGGCCCAUUUUCGACGUUGACUGCGAUCCUUCCAUCCUCAAGUCCAUCCAGUUUCCUCAUUCACUCUGUCUAGCAGAUCAAGACAAUGAGGUGAAAUUCAGCGUCUUACACGUGAAGGACCACAAAGGCCUCAUCGAGCCUUCGGUCGAUCACUCGCGCAGUCAUAUCAAGUGGAACGUGUCGUCUCUGUCUCCGGUGGGCCCGGUCGUACAGACGUCUAAGCCAGCCGAGCACCACGGUGUUGUCCAGGUCUAUAAAGAAGUGGGUCAGCAGGAUUCGUACUCGUUCAGGGUCUACCUCGCUACCAACAACGACUCUGAUAUCGCUGACAUUAGAAAAGAAGUAAGGACCGCAAAGAAAAAGUACAUGAAGAUCGAGAAGCCGCCACAGUGCCAGAAGCUCCUGGAGGAGAACCGGAAGUACCGUCUGAUCAGCGAGCCCCAGGGGGACAUCACACCUGAGGACAUCCAGUUCACACUGGCUGUGGUGAAGAUGAAGGGUUACUUCGAGGCGUUCUUCGAGCAGCGUCCUCCUUUCAAGCUCUCGCUAAUUGAGGCAGAGUCUGAACAAAUCGUGUGGUCUGCUACCAUUCGAGAAGGAGACUGUGUGGAGAAUACUGUUGAAAAAAGCCGAAGCCGUUCAUGCAGUCGGAAGCGAAACAACAGCAUGUCAGACAUGGAGAGGAGCAGUAAGAGACCUCGCUGGUGUGACGAGUCAGGCGAUGAUUUAGUGCCUGACGGAGUGAGAAUGAAAGACACAGACAUGAGCGAUAAGCAGCUGAUGCAAGUGGCCAAAUGCAUGGGAAAGGAGUGGAAGUGUGUGGCCAUCGCUUACCUGGACCUGACCAAACAGGACGUGGAGGAGAUUGAGACAAAAGCUGAGGGCAACCAAGUCAUGAUGAAGUUCCACAUGCUGCAUUGCUGGAAGAGUCGGCAGUCUAAGGGGGAAGCCGGAGCCAUGCAGCUGUACGAGGCACUGAACCAGGAGGAUGUGCCCCGAGAGGUCAUUGACAGGCUGGAUGAUAUACGGCGCAGUGGUUCCCCUAAAUAAGUUUCUUGGCUUGGAUUCACUUCAGGACUCUGUAAAUCAUCUCAACCCUGCAUCCUGGAGCCUUCAGCUAUAAGACUGUGUAUCUCUCAGGAUCUGUCCUAUUUCAGAUUUAUUCCCUUUUUUUUGUGGAAUUAAUCCAAACAUUUUCUUAGGUUCUUUAUUUGUGGAAAGCUAUUCGGUGUUUAUGAAUGGGAAAAUGCAGGCCAGUUACACUCACGUCUCUUUUACAAGGACAGAUGAAGGCAAGUACACAACAAUAAUAAUAAUGUGGUGCUGUAAAAUACAGCAUGAUAGCUGUGCUCUGUAGCUGCUUGAGUGUAUAGGUCCCUGUGUACUUGACUGUGCUGAAUUUUAUUUUUCAUACAUUGAAAUUUUUUAUCAUGUGUUCUUCAUGGCUUUAUUCCAAACCACUUCAAACAUUGUGUUGACUCAGAGGAACGCUUAAUCAUGUUUACCCAUCAUGCUUUCGGAGCAUUUGGACCAAUUUCUGUUCACUGUGUAUAACAUUUGUUGUUGUUUUCUUCUUUUUCCUUUAAGUUAUGGCAGCCAAUUAAGCACUGGUAGCUUAUAGAAAAUGUAGUAACACUUUCUGUGAAGGCUAUACGCUUUUAAACGAAUUGUUAUCAUUAUUUAUGACAUAAGGGCAUUACAGUUAUUAUUUAUGCAAUAAUACAUCAGCUGUUUGUAGUAUUAUUGCUUACAGGACAUUGCAUUAUAUCUUCUGACGAUGCAAAGUUUGGCUCACUAAUAGAAUGUGUUAUGCAAACGUAUAAUGCAUCAUGCUAUCAAUUCAUAAUGCAUAAUAAAGAACGUAAGCUAUACCAUGUAAUGCAUUUCAUUCAUUGAUAUAACCUUCACAGAAAGUUUUACUGAAUUCUUUUUCUUUUCUAUGUUUCUACUGUAUAUAUUACCUGUGUAUUUUUUUUUUUUAAGUCUGUAUAUUCGCUCGUGUUCAUUCUUUUUUUUAAAUAUGUAAAAUAGACUCCAUAGAGUGGUUACUGCUGUGCAGUCCGAUGCUAUCUGAUCUCGGAACCGCAGAUCAGAUUUCAUCACACUCGUCACAUGUUCUUUGUAACAUGUAAGCCAAAGGUGGUAGAAUGAAUGUCUCUAUAUUAGGGCUUGUAAUUCGUUCAUUCAUUCAUCUUCAGUGAGCGCUUUAUCCUGAUCAGGGUCACAGUGAAUCCGGAGACUGUACAGAGAAUACCGGGUGUGAAGCGGGAAUACGGGAGCAGACAGGAUGACCAGUUCAUCGCGCACGCAUUUACACUGAAUUUAGUUCAGUCAUUUACGCUCACACCUAGGGGCAACUUAGCAAAGCCAGUUCACCUACUGGUAUGUUAUCAGGUGGUGGGAGGAAGACAGAAAACCCAAGCUCAGGAUUGAACAGGGACUCUGGAGCUGGAAAGCAGUAAUGCUAAAAGCUUUUAAUAAUAAAAAGGCAGCAAUGCUAAAGACUAAAAAAAAAACUAGGAUUGUGGCCUGAGUGUACAAGCAUUCAAGGAAAUCUGUUCUCAACAUCCUUAAAAUGACUUAAAAGGGAACCAGAAGCACAUUUAAAAGCCAUUACUGUGUUUAAAAUAGUAUAACUCCUGUAAAGUGGUAUGAACUAAAGUCUUCAUUAUCCAGUACAUACUUGUAGCAGCAUGCUCAUCAAAUUCCUUGGUGUUCUGUUCUGCCAAGAAAGAUAGCAUGAGAGCUAUCAAUAAAAGAGAUUUUGAGGGGAAAAAAUUAAACAACUAGUAAUAUUAACUACAGGACUAACA